CCGGCACUUUUCUUGCCUACUACAUACUCGUACUCUCUUCACUUUUGUUGUUGACCACUGGUUAGAGGACAACUCAGCUGGAACUAUUAUGCGGGCACACUUUUGAGUUUUGACUUCACAAAGACUUCCAAAACAGCACGAAUAUGAGAAAACUUUGUUACAUUCCUGUUGUGGCGAUAUGGAUCGCAAUUUUCAGCGUUGUUGGUGGCGUAGAUAGGAACAAUUUCAAAACCUGCGAUCAAAGCAGUUUUUGCAGACGUUAUCGAGCUAUGAAGAAAGGAGAAUCACCAUAUCAACUUCUUCUGAACACGCUCAAAGAGGGCGAAUCUGACCUUCAGGUUUCGCUGAUCAAUAUCAAAAACGUUGUUCACUUCAACCUCAAGCUCACUGCACUGGAGAAUUUCGACUUCCGUCUGGAAAUCGAUGAAGCUCAACCAAUCAAACAGCGUUACCGAGUCGACUAUGCCCUCAAAGGAGAACCAGCCACCAGAAAAUUGGUGGUAACUGAAAGGACCUCGGAGAGCAUAACCGUCACCAACGGCCACAACAAAGCUGUUCUGCACGCUUCUCCUUUCAAAAUUGAUCUCUACAAUGGCAAAACCCUGAUGAUGAGCCUGAACGCCCAAGGACUUCUCAAAUUUGAACACUACAGACAGAAAACCGAGAAACCUGCAGUGCCUGAAGGAGAAGAAGCCGUGGAGCCUCCAGCGCCUGUGGAUGAGGCAGAAGCGGACAUCGGGGCCUGGGAGGAAAACUACAAGUCCCACCAUGACGCUAAGCCACAUGGACCUUCAGCUGUCGGUCUUGAUUUCUCCUUCCCAAACGCCGACUACGCGUACGGCAUUCCAGAACACGCAGACUCUCUAGCCUUGAAGGCCACCACCACUACUGACCCGUACCGCCUCUACAACCUGGAUGUCUUUGAGUAUGAACUAAACAAUGGAAUGGCUCUCUAUGGAUCAAUUCCAUUCCUCAUGGCUCACGGUGUUGAAGCAACAGCUGGUGUGCUCUGGCUCAACGCUGCCGAGACCUGGGUGGACAUUGAAGGCGGUGCUCACAAGGGCAGCAACGUCGUCUCUUCCAUUGUCAAUUUUGUGUCAGGCAGUGGCACUCCACCUCCUCCACUGGAGGCUAGAUUUGUGUCUGAGAGUGGAAUAAUUGACGCUUUCCUCUUCUUGGGACCCAAUCCUGAGACGGUGUCCAAGAACUACGCUGAAAUCUCUGGCGUCACGCCUUUGCCUCCGCUCUUCUCGCUGGGUUAUCACCAAUGCAGGUGGAAUUACAACGACGAGGACGAUGUGAAAGGCGUUGAUGCUGGUUUUGACCAGCAUGACAUUCCAUACGACGUCAUCUGGCUUGAUAUCGAGUACACUGAGGGCAAGAAGUACUUCACUUGGGACAAAAUCAAGUUCCCACACGCUGAUGACAUGAUGAAGAACCUGUCUCUGAAAGGACACCACAUGGUGGUCAUCAUUGAUCCUCACAUCAAAAGAGAAGGCGGCUACUAUGUCCAUGAAGAUGCAACCAGUAAUGGCUUAUAUGUGAAGAACAAGGAUGGAAAUGAUUAUGAAGGAUGGUGCUGGCCUGGCUCUUCAAGCUACUUGGACUUCUUCAAUCCAGUCGUGCGAGACUACUACGCCUCAAAAUACUCGCUGGACAACUUCUGGGGCACCACCCUGGACACACACAUCUGGAACGACAUGAACGAACCGUCCGUGUUCAACGGUCCGGAGGUUACCAUGCCCAAGGACUGCGUCCACUAUGGCGGAUGGGAGCACAGAGAUGUGCACAAUCUCUACGGCUUAACACACAUUAUGAGCACUUUCGACGGACUUUUGAAGCGCUCGCAAGGAAAACUGCGGCCUUUCAUUCUGACCCGCUCGGUCUUCGUCGGCUCGCAGCGUUACGCUGCCGUCUGGACCGGAGACAACAUGGCAGAGUGGGAGCACCUUCAGGCGUCCAUCCCCAUGUGCCUGUCCAUCUCUCUCGCGGGAAUGCCCUUCUGCGGUGCAGACAUUGGGGGAUUCUUCAAGAAUCCGGACUCUGAACUGUUUUACCGCUGGUACCAGAUUGGUGCUUUCUUGCCCUUCAUGCGUGCUCACUCGCACAUCGACACUAAGCGCCGCGAACCCUGGGCUUACGACCCUGAAACCACUAGUUUGGUCCGCUCGGCGGUGCGAAGGCGUUAUGAGUACCUUCCCUUGUGGUACACCCUGUUCAGACAGCAUGAGGUGGACGGCCUGCCGAUCAUGAGGCCCAUCUGGUACAACUACCCCAAGGACAAGUCUGCUUUCACCAUUGAGGAUGAAUUCAUGCUCGGCAAGGAACUGCUUGUUCAUCCCGUCACCAAGUCCGGAUUGACGGAGGUCUCUGUCUACUUCCCUGGAGAGAAAGACUUGUGGUACGACAUUGAUGAGUUGGAACUCUUCUCAGGGCACGGAACGAAAACUGUUCAAACGCCUAAGGAAAAGAUCCCUGUUUACCAAAGGGGAGGAACCAUCAUUCCAAAGAAAAUGCGCAUCCGACGAUCUUCUGCCCUCGCCAAGGAUGACCCAUACACUCUUCAAAUUGCUCUCAAUGCUGAUGGUCUUGCCUCUGGAUCACUUUACCUUGAUGACGGAGAGACUUACGAAUAUCAGAAGGGACAGUAUGUCAGCCUGGUGUACCACUAUGAUGGGACCACCAUGGUUUCACAAUUGGUCGACAAAGAGGCAAGCUUCGCGUCAAAAUCGUGGCUCGAGCGAAUCAUUGUGAUGGGAGUGCGCAAAGCGCCUGGAAAGAUCGUGUUGAAGUCCCCAAGCGUUGGUGAGCAAGAAAUCGAGUUUGCGUUUAACCCCAACAAGCACCUGCUGGUGAUCAGGAAGCCGGCUGUACCCAUUGCCGAGGAGUGGAAACUCUUCUUCCACUAGUGAGACAUGUUUUGGAUGGAACUUAAAAAAGUGAAGUUGUGUUUACUGAUUGAAUGAACAAUGUUUGUUUUCUAUAAGUAUUCUUUGUUACAAUAACAAGUUUAAUUUGGCAUCAGGAUUUUUGUGAGAAUGAUAUUGAAAAAAUAAUUGGAGUUGGUAUAUGAAA